UCAACGCCUCAGUUCCUCACAACCGUUCGCAGCGGUAACACGUGUCACCAUGUGCAGCACUUUUCUCGACUCGGACGCCAUAUUGUCUGGCAACGAGCAAUGGAUAAAACUGGAAGAAAAAUGGGGCGAGCCAGUCGACUUGGAUACCGAAGACGAUCAACCUGGCGAACUACAACCAGUCUUCAGCACCCUAGACCUGAUGAAGUCCACCUUCGAUUCGUCGUUCCUGUUCAAGAAAGUGCGCAGAAAAAUUGGAAGAAGAUUAUCGAAAGCAGGCGUCCUUGACUAUCAGGAAUUCUUACAAGACCUUCAACAAAAGGACCUGCCGAAACAAUACUACCUCAUAAACGGACAGAUCCUGUCAGCAGCGUCCGUGGAAGAAAUAUGUGACAAGAUCGAUGAGAUCUUCAAGUCUGUGGAGAAACUUGCAUCAGCAACUAGUACUAUAAGAAAGAAUCCUAUGCCAGAAAAAGUGAGCUGCAGCAUUUCAACUGAAGACCUAUCCUUUGAUGACACAUCAACAGAGAAGGAAAAAUCUGAUGAAGACGUGGAUGACUAUGAAGAACAGGAUGAAGUGGAAAGACAAAUAGACGAGGCUUUUGAGAAACUCAGUCAUUUUUCAAACAUGACCAUAGAAGAUGAAGCCACGAGGGAAUCUGUGACCACUCUUGUGAGGAAGUUCAGCUCGAUUUUGUGUAACCCUGCAAUUCAGUGCAACCCUCGAAGACAGCGGCAGUGUUGUAAUAAUUUUAAGGAGUUGGCAGAAUUCUGGAAAACCCAGACUUCUAAUGAAAGUGAAGUUGGACAUUAAACUUUAGUUAUAGGAAGUAAUAUGGUAUAUUUUUCCAUAAGAGGGUAUACUCGUAUUUGUGGCUUAACUGAAUUUGAGGCUAAAAAUGUGUUAAAUGUAUUUAGAUUAGGUAAUAAAUUAAUAUAAAAAUGUGAAAUAAUUUAUGAAAGUAUUUUUAUGAUAAGUUUUGUAUUGUUAAGACCAAAAAGUGAUUAUAAUAAUGACUGAAGGUAGGUGCUGUUGUAUUGAUGUAUGUGUUUAUGUGUCUUAUUAGUUUUUAGUAAAAUAAUUUACUAAUGUAAUGUAUUAAUUGACGAGAAUAAUAGUCAUAGAUGAUUUUGUAAGUUAGGUAUAUUUUUACGUGGUAUAAAGUUACCGUAUUGUAGGUAUGUUUGUAAUGAAAUUAAUGUGCGCGUUUCUUGGUAAAGACUUAUUAUUUUGUAGGUAGAUUAAUAUAAAGAAGUAUUGUUAAGUAAUUUGUUUGUAAGUUUGUUUCGAAAGUUUAUAAUAUAAAUAAUGUAGGUAAUUAGGAAUUAGGUAAACAAAUUAAGUAUUGUAGUGUAAAGUUUCUGAAUUUCAAUAAAAUAUCUUAUAAAAUAA